UUAUGCUGCAUCCAUCCUUCAGUCUUGUCUCACUCGUGAAAGCGCACCACCACAUCCUCAUCCUCUUUGUCCUCUUCAUCAAGAUGCAGUGCACGGCCUCACUCGGUUCUUGUUUGUCACCGUGCUGGAGUCGAACGGUGGCGUUUCCCGACUGGGCUUACAAGCCGGCGUGGUCUGCGGGCUCUCGUCAGGUGCAGCUGUGGCACUUCCUGCUGGAGCUGCUGGGCGGAGGCGGCCGGGGCGACGCCAUCGGCUGGGGGGGCGAGUGGGGCGAGUUCGUCAUCCACGACCCCGAGCGGCUGGCCCGGCUGUGGGGCGAGAGGAAGGGAAAGCCGCACAUGAACUACGACAAGCUGAGUCGGGCGCUGAGAUACUAUUACAACAAGCGCAUUCUGCACAAGACCAAAGGCAAGCGAUUCACGUACAAGUUCAACUUCAGCAAACUCGUCCUGCUCAACGUCCACCUGCCGCCAUCUUCUCACUGCCUGCCGCCAUCUUGUCAUCAGAUGCUCCAGAGCCGCCCUCUUGCCUUCUCCGUCCUCCCCGGCGUGGGCGACCUUCCAAUCCAGGCAUCCUGGCCUCACCUGCUACUGCCACCAUGCUGCCUUCCUCAUUGUUCUCAAUUUCAUCAUCCUUUUGCCCCACCGUUGUCUCUUCCCCAAACCUCCUCACCAUUCGUCGCUUGGCGAGACCACCUCAGUCGUCUGAGGCUUGGGAAGCAAACUCCACCAGAGGAUGGAGAGCUUUAACAUGAGCGUCACAAAGUUGUCCAAAAUUAUUUUUGUAGAUUUAUCACUUUUUGCACUCCCACUAAGGAGACUGCAUUAACAAUGUGGCACGCUUAAAUGUGUGUGUGUGGAUGUGUGUGAGUGUGUGCUUGUGUAUUUUGUUGUGCUAAA